AUGGGACCAUUAACAAGAGGUGUGCAGACGGGCAUUGGACUUGUCGCCGAGCUGAAAGCAGCACGUCAGGCGCGCAAGGAAGGUGAAACGGGUGUCAUUGAUGUCACAACGGAAGUCGAAGAAAUGCUCAUCGAAGAGAAAGACGACGAUGACCAUGAUACGGAAGACGACGAGAACUUCGGUGGUGGUAUAAGUAACGGUGCAUCGGAUCAAUCACUUUACCCUCCACCAUACGGAGACAACGAUUUGUCUGCCACCAGCGAUAUAGAAUACCCUCAGCCAUCUAAUUCUAGCCACGAACCUCACAAACUCAGCUGCCCUGUCAUCAUCCCGCAGCGUAGACCUGGUACAAAAACGCGAGGCUUCUUGGAAGCAUAUGCUCCUGUCCUAGCAGAUUGUAAUAUUGGCGAAGGAACCUUCUUGACAUUUUUGAGGUCUUUCCAUAAAUCAAGUCAGGCAUCACCGGUUUUCAAUGUCAUCACCAUGGGAGCUGGAGCAAUAAGUCGGAUUCAUGAACCCCAUAUGAAAGCUCUAUCAAUGGCGAUCUCUGUGUUGAGUGGUACAGCGGCAGAUAUCCAAUCACGAUAUCGUACCAAUAAGUUCCUCGACCAAGCCAACGACUUACUCUUCAAGCCACGUGGUCUAUACUGUCUCGUUAUGUCCCUACGCCCCGACGACGUCCCAAAAGAUAAUGUAAGCGUCCAAUCGGUAGACACCUCUUCCAUCGUCUUGAAAUGGCUCGAUCCAGACAGCAGACAUUUCGCAGCGACACUGCGGACUUCGAGCGGCACCACACAUGGAGGUGAGGAAAUGCCCGAGACAGCACCUCUGAUAUACCCCAAUACAGGUUAUGCGGAGCUAGUCAAGACCAACUCGAACUCCAGUAGUAAUAGUCAAAAGAUCAUAGGCGAGGUUACCAGUUAUCAAAAGGUUGUCGAGAAUUACUUUGACAAGCGAGCUCAGGCGAAAUACGCGUACGAAUAUCCGGAUUCCUCCCUUGCCAUGCAAGAAAAGCCCCAGUUCGCCUCCAAAUACGGUGACCCGACGGAUCCUUCAGUUACUACGAAUUACUAUGGCCGUAUCGCUUGCAAGAUCGAGAAAGAAAGUUUGGCUGAUCGACAGGCGCGAAGAAGGGCGAAGGCGCUGGAAGUGAAGCGUCGAGGUGGGGGCAUCAAGCGGUUUCUACACAGUGUAAUUGCAUUUUUCUUCAGCGUGUUGUAUCUCAUGAUCGUGAGCCUGCCAUCCGAAGAAGAACUCAAUGAUGCAAAGAAAGCUCUGACUGAGGAUCCCGGGAAAUGA